AUUUGUUCAAGAAGCCAUGAGGUUGUGGAGCCUAUGGCAAAGCCCCAGUGGUACAUUAACUGCAGUAAGAUGGCAAAGCAGGCUCUUGAUGCAGCUAUGGAUGAUAAAAAUAGGAAGCUGGAGUUCAUUCCAAGACAAUAUACUGUUGAAUGGAAAAGGUGGCAGCUAUGGUGGGGUCACCAGGUUCCUGCAUGGUGCAUUAAACUAGAAGACAAUGAAUUGAAGGAACAUGGAACAGAUAAUGACAACUGGAUAGUUGCUAGAGAUGAGAAAGAAGCUUUAGCAGAAGCAAACCAAAGAUUUUCUGGGAAAAAAUUUGAGAUUUUUCAAGAUCCAGAUGUGACUAGAAUGGUUAUGUUAGGAAUUAAACUGGGAGGUGAUGUGCCCUUUACCAAGGUUUAUUUGCACCCUAUGAUACGUGAUGCGCAUGGCCGUAAGAUGUCAAAGUCUCUGGGAAAUGUAAUUGAUCCUCUUGAACCAAUGGCAAAGCCCCAGUGGUACAUUAACUGUAGUAAGAUGGCAAAGCAGACUCUUGAUGCAGCUAUGGAUGAUAAAAAUAGGAAGCUGGAGUUCAUUCCAAGACAAUAUACCGCCGAAUGGAAGAGAUGGCUUGAUAACCCACGUGAUUGGUGCAUCUCAAGGCAGCUAUGGUGGGGUCACCAGGUUCCUGCAUGGUGCAUUAAACUAGAAGACAAUGAAUUGAAGGAACAUGGAACAGAUAAUGACAACUGGAUAGUUGCUAGAGAUGAGAAAGAAGCUUUAGCAGAAGCAAACCAAAGAUUUGCUGGGAAAAAAUUUGAGAUUUUUCAAGAUCCAGAUGUGGCUAGAAUGGUUAUGUUAGGAAUUAAACUGGGAGGUGAUGUGCCCUUUACUAAGGUUUAUUUGCACCCUAUGAUACGUGAUGCGCAUGGCCGUAAGAUGUCAAAGUCUCUGGGAAAUGUAAUUGAUCCUCUUGAAUUUUGUGAUCUUUUCAUCGAAGCUAUCAAGCCCUACUUUGCUGGAGAUUAUCUGGCAUUUUCCUCUGAAAGGAGAUGUGCAAAAGAUGCUCUUUGGCUGUGUCUUGAAACUGGUCUACGCUUGCUUCAUCCUUUUAUGCCAUUUCUUACUGAAGAAUUGUGGCAGCGCCUACUUGGUGCAAGGGACCUUGCAAGAAAAGAGUCCAUAAUGAUGUGCGAGUAUCCAUCACCUGUUGAGGUAAUUUAAUUUAAGUAGCCAUGUCUGAGUAAGUUUCAUUUGGUUCUUAACCUUUACUCUUACAACAUAGCAGCUAAUCAAAUAUGUUUGUGUUUUCUUAUAUUUUUUUUAUCUAACUUCAAGAUUUUAGAAUUUUAAUGAAUUUUUAUCAGUAGU